CGCCCUCGAGUCCCCGGUGAGGACAGCUUCCGUUACAGAGUUCACAGCUCGAGUUACAGACAGACACGCUAGAUCUCUCCGCGAUACAGGAUAAUUAGCGGUUAUUAACUGUCGUUAUUAUUAACUGUUCGUUUUGUAUUUGGGACUUUGUCUAUAAAAGGACAAGACACAUUUGGAAGAAACUCCGCAGAGUUUUGUCGCAAAGCAGCUCCAACUGUCAACAGUUUUCUGGAGGAACUAAACGGGAUCUAGGAAGUGCCUCGCUUCCAGUAAAAUACAACCGAGAGAAAAGUUUUUAACCGCAGACAGACGAGACUUUUUUUAAAAGAGUCUCGUCAUCAGAAUAGUUGAACAAGUCACCCACGUCCAUCUGGAUUAAAGCUGUUGCUGUUUGAAAAGAUCCUCUGACUCACACGAACACACAUCCCCGGUGCUCGACCGGAACGGGGCUGAAGCGGUCAUGUGUGACGGGCGUGGCGGGGUGGGGAAGUUUGUCCCGGUUUACCUGUGUCUGCGUGUUUGUUCAUGAGAUGUGGUUUGAGGCUCCACUGGGAGAUGAACCCGUGAUAAUCUCACAGAGACAUUUUACAUUCAGCCUGUAACUAUUUACUUCUGCUCAAUUCUAUUGCGUUUUACAACACGAGGAGACGCACUGACUCAAUUUGGACGACCGGUAGUUUAUACGGUGCUGCUGAUUAACUAGUCGGUCUCGGUUUCUGUCGGCUUUGAGGAGAAAAGUCGCCGUUUUAUUUAUUUUAAACCUUAUUCGUGUUUUAUGGGAUAAAUCGUGGGAAGCUGGUGUACACGGAUACGAAUACAACAUGAGCUGAGACAGUUGAACUCUUGUCGGAAAGGUUUGGUAAAUCUCCCGGUUCAACCGUGGGAUUGUAUAUUUAAUGUUCUUCAGUAUUAUCUGCUGUGUUAUAUUAUUGAUCCGUCAGUGAUUAUCAGUUAGGUAUUGAUCAAGCGUAGAGCCAUGGCUCUGUCUCAGGUGCAGUGUCUCGAUGAGCAUCACAUCAACUGGCGCGUGACCGAGUCCAAACCCGAGUUCUUCUACAGCGAGGACCAGCGGCUCGCGCUCGAGGCUCUGCUGACCGGGGGGCGAGAGGCCUUUAGCAGCUACCUCAGUGAACAUGACCUCCGACACUUCCUGUCUGAACCGGAGCUCCUGCGGCUGGCGCGCACCGUGGAGGCCUACCGGCCUGGAAGCGAGCACCUCAAGGCCGAGGCGGGAGCGGGCAGCGCGUCCCCGAAGGAGUAUGACGGGGGCAAUGGGCCACUGUCAUUACAGUACUGGCCCGACCGCUCUGAAGGUUCUAUACCCGACCUGGACCUGGGCUGGCCCGACGCCGUGUCAUACCGAGGAGUGACACGUGUCAACGUGCACACGCAGCCCCCAGCUGAUGGACAAACACACAUCAAGGAGGUGGUCCGGAAGACUAUAUCACAGGCUCAGAAGGUUAUAGCAGUAGUAAUGGAUCAGUUUAGUGACGUUGACAUCUACAAGGACCUGUUAGAUGCGGCCUAUAAGAGAAGAGUUCCUGUCUACAUCGUCAUCGACACAUCUGCUGUCUCCUGCUUCCUGGACAUGUGUUGUAGAGCCAACAUGCACCAGGGACACCUCAAGAACCUGCGUGUGCGAUGUAGUGAAGGAGUAGAAUUCUACACUCGCUCGGCUCAGAAGGUCCGAGGUUCUCUCAGUCAGAGAUACAUGCUGGUAGACGGAGACAGAGCUGUGACUGGAUCAUACAGCUUCACGUGGUCGGCGUCUCGUCUGGACCGGAACCUGAUCACGGUUCUGAGCGGUCAGGCAGUUGAGACGUUCGACAAACAGUUCCGUGACCUCUACAUGACCUCUAGGGGUGUGUCCCUCGCCAAGGUUCUGCUGGAGGAGGAGCCUAUCCCUGACCUCACCCCCAUCGCCACCCCCGCCCCGGUCUCCGCAGCUGUUGCUAGGAAACUAAUCAACCCUAAAUACGCCCUAGUUACGUCACAGGCUAAAGCUAACAAUGCUAGCCCAGCUAGCUCUGCUAACGACUCUAGCAACAAGAACUCCACUACCCAAAAUCCACUGGGACGGGUUCUAAAGCCUGCCAGAGAGCCAGUGGAGGCCCCGCCCCUCCACCCAGGACUAGCCAAUCUGGAGAAGGCGUACCUGAUCCCAUACCUGCCCACCUGGCCGGAGCCAGACCCCCCCCGCGACGUGAUUGGCUUCAUCAACGUGAGAGACGCGUCCCGCCCCCAACAGGUCCACCUCCAGAGAAGUCAACAGUUUGAGACCAGCCAGGCCAUCAGGUUCAGCUCUCCCUUCAGCCUACCUGAGAAACCCCUACCUGAGACUGCUACUCUACGGAAUACACAGCACGACAAACACACGCCUGAUACACAGAACCCUGAUACGCCUGAUACACAGAACCCUGAUACACAGAACCCUGAUACCCCUGAUACACAGAACCCUGAUACACAGAACCCUGAUACGCCUGAUACACAGAACCCUGAUACACAGAACCCUGAUACGCCUGAUACACAGAACCCUGAUACGCCUGAUACACAGAACCCUAAUACACCUGACAUAAACCCCUCCGCGCCUCCAGUCCCUAAACCUCGCACCCUGCAGCUCCUCAUUAGCCCUGCCCAUUCUCACCAGUCUGGCCAACCACAGGUCAGCCUGGUCCCCAGGACUGAAAGCCAAUCAGGGACACCGCCUGCCUCCAUCAGCCAAUCGGAAACACUGAUGGAUACCAAGUCCCGCCAUGGGCAGAGAGACGAGAAAGAGGAGGAGGAGGAGUGGCUCGAGGAGGAGGAGUGGCUGGAGGAGGGGCUAGAGGGGAGGCGGGGCAGCAGUAGUCAUGACGAUAAUGGCAGCACCACGGCGCUAUGUGACCAGACAGCCAAUAACACGUCGUCUGACGACUUAUACUACGAGUGCAACGAAUCAGACCCCACAGAAUCCUCGCCGGUGGCCAAUGGGUUAACAGCAGAGUUGGGCCGGGUUGGCGAGGGUCAUCGUCAUGGAAAUGGAGUCAAUGUGAUGGCGAGGUUCUCCCAGAGCAUGCUGGACCUUCGGCCUCACAGCCAAUCAGACGACAGGGGAGUUCUAAUGAGCCAAUCACAGGACCGAAGGGGUCAACAGACACGCCCUCAGCCACACAGACAUAUCGGACAGUUGUUUCAGAGCUCCAGGUCGCCAGGUCGUGAUGGGCGCCAGAGGGGCAGGGCUAAAAUCGUCAUUGCCAAACCAGGAAGUGUCCACCGCUCGCCACUAGCAUCGUGCCCUGCGAUUGGAGGACAUCGCUACUUGCAGGGCCAAUCACUGCAGCCCUCCGAUACUCGCUCCAGCCGGUCUCCACGACGACACAGCCCUGUCUACAAAGGGGCGGGACUUUCCCCUGGCCACGCCUCCCCACGCCGAGCAUCCAAUCCGGCAGGAGCUAUGGGCGUGUCCUUCUCCAAACUGACCAAUCAACUACUGAGGGGGCGGUAUAUAGCCUCACAGACGAAAGCGUCGCUUGACAACAAGGAGGUCGGCUAGGAUUGACUAAUGUAUGGACCAAUGGGACGGCUAGCAGGAAGUUAGACAGACAAUGUAACUGAAUGUUGUUGUUUUUUAUGUUUGUCUGAUUGGUUGCUCUGACUUGAUCAUGUGUCUGAUUGGUUGCUCUGACUUGAUCAUGUGUCUGAUUGGUUGCUCUGACCAUAUCAUGUGUCUGAUUGGUUGCUUUGACCAGAUCAUGUGUCUGAUUGGAUUGCUCUGACUUGAUCAUGUGUCUGAUUGGAUUGCUCUGACUAGAUGAUGUGUCUGAUUGGUUGCUCUGACCAAAUCAUGUGUCUGAUUGGUUGCUCUGACUAGAUCAUGUGUCUGAUUGGUUGCUCUGACCAGAUCAUGUGUCUGAUUGGUUGCUCUGACCAGAUCAUGUGUCUGAUUGGUUGCUUUGACCAGAUCAUGUGUCUGAUUGGUUGCUCUGACUAGAUCAUGUGUCUGAUUGGUUGCUCUGACUAGAUCAUGUGUCUGAUUGGUUGCUCUGACCAGAUCAUGUGUCUGAUUGGUUGCUCUGACCAGAUCAUGUGUCUGAUUGGUUGCUCUGACUAGAUCAUGUGUCUGAUUGGUUGCUUUGACCAGAUCAUGUGUCUGAUUGGUUGCUCUGACUAGAUCAUGUGUCUGAUUGGUUGCUCUGACUAGAUCAUGUGUCUGAUUGGUUGCUCUGACCAGAUCAUGUGUCUGAUUGGUUGCUCUGACCAGAUCAUGUGUCUGAUUGGUUGCUCUGACUAGAUCAUGUGUCUGAUUGGUUGCUUUGACCAGAUCAUGUGUCUGAUACAACGUGAUAUCUGCAGGACCAAGACAGAUUCACUCUGAUACAACGUGAUAUCUGCAGGACCAAGACAGAUUCACUCUGAUACAACGUGAUAGCUGCAGGACCAAGACAGACUAACUCUGAUACAACGUGAUAGCUGCAGGACCAAGACAGAUUCACUCUGAUACAACGUGAUAGCUGCAGGACCAAGACAGACUAACUCUGAUACAACGUGAUAGCUGCAGGACCAAGACAGACUCACUCUGAUACAACGUGAUAGCUGCAGGACCAAGACAGACUCACUCUGAUACAACGUGAUAGCUGCAGGACCAAGACAGAUACAACGUGACUCUUUCUUUAACUAACCUUGUCUGGAUGUCUGUCUACUGUCUGUCUACUGUCUGUCUACUGUCUGUCUACUGUCUCUACUGUCUAUCUACUGUCUGUCUACUGUCUAUCUACUGUCUAUCUACUGUCUGUCUACUGUCUAUCUACUGUCUGUCUACUGUCUAUCUACUGUCUGUCUACUGUCUGUCUACUGUCUAUCUACUGUCUGUCUACUGUCUGUCUACUGUCUAUCUACUGCCUGUCUACUGUCUAUCUACUGUCUAUCUACUGUCUGUCUACUGUCUAUCUACUGUCUGUCUACUGUCUGUCUACUGUCUGUCUACUGUCUGUCUACUGUCUGUCUACUGUCUGUCUACUGUCUAUCUACUGUCUGUCUACUGUCUAUCUACUGUCUAUCUACUGUCUGUCUACUGUCUGUCUACUGUCUAUCUACUGUCUGUCUACUGUCUGUCUACUGUCUGUCUACUGUCACGUUAAUUGAAUGUUUGCCAGAAAAAUGUUUUAAUGUUGUUGUUUUUUUAACAUGGGCUUUUCCUGGCCAAUGGGGCGAUCUGGACGUAAUCUGGCCAAUGGGGUGAUCUGGACGUAAUCUGGCCAAUGGGGCGAUCUGGACGUAAUCUGGACAUUUGUUGAAACCUUAAGAUUUAAGGAUUUAUUUGAUUUUCCUCUGUUUGAGAGGGCUGUCCUCUCCAGGCCCCCGUAGUCUGACCAGCUAGGUUUACUUGGCUGGAGAGACUCUGAGUGGCCUAACGCUCACUCUGAUUGGUUACUGGGACUAUGGGGGCGUGAGUAACGUUUUGAAACGAUGGCAGAUUUUUGCCGAUGUUGGACAUGAACGUUGUUAUAACGUUAGGAGAAUGUUAUCAAUAAAGUGAUCUUGACUGAA